GCACGUGUGCCAUGUCUGUAAAAUACUCUCAUCUGUAAGUGUUAAACCGAGGGGGCGUGGAUAAGGGCUUGUGUUACCUGCCCUAGACUUUCACCUGCAAAGAAAUGGAAAGAAUUUGACAAACCAGCAGCAGCAGUGCAUGAGCUCAGGACUGAAACCCGUCUGCAUUCCAGCAGAGAGGGAGAAGAAGGCGGAACUUUAUACUCACGACAGGUUCACCUGAAAACAGUCGACUCGCUCCUCCUCGAAAACACAGAGUUUGUAAGCCUCAAUCUUCAAAACCUUUUGCUUUCAAACCUGAGAACGAGACAGCGAAGCAUCCCUCGGUUGCAUCUGAACGCUGACUAUGGCUCUCAGGUUUCUGAAAAACACGCUGGAGGAGACACGUUGGAGAAACAGAAACGCCGUGUUUACCUGCACAGGUGGGACGGAGUGGCCGAUGUGAGGUGGGAUUUUCUUCCCCGAAUGGACACCAUGAUCGGACCCCUACGACUGUGGAUUUUUAACGUCCUCCUGUGUUUCGGCAUCAUAUAUUCCAGACUUGGGGCUCUUUCCUCUGUGGUGGCCCUCGGUGCCAACAUCAUCUGCAAUAAGAUCCCCGGACUCGCCCCCCGUCAGCGCGCCAUCUGUCAGAGUCGACCCGACGCCAUCAUCGUGAUCGGAGAGGGGGCACAGCUGGGCAUCAACGAAUGCCAGUACCAGUUCCGAUACGGCCGCUGGAACUGUUCGGCGCUGGGCGAACGCACAGUCUUUGGGCAAGAGCUGCGAGUAGGCAGCAGGGAGGUGGCAUUCACCUACGCCAUCACCGCCGCUGGGGUCGCCCAUGCCGUGACGGCCGCAUGCAGCCAGGGCAACAUGAGCCACUGCGGCUGUGACCGGGAAAAACAGGGCUACUACAACCAGGAGGAGGGAUGGAAGUGGGGCGGGUGCUCUGCCGACAUCAAAUACGGCAUCGAGUUCUCCCGGAAGUUUGUGGAUGCCCGCGAGAUUAAAAAAAAUGCUCGGCGAUUGAUGAACCUUCACAAUAAUGAAGCCGGGCGAAAGGUACUCGAAGAGCGAAUGAAGCUGGAAUGCAAAUGUCAUGGCGUGUCAGGCUCCUGUACCAUCAAAACUUGUUGGACCACACUACCGAAAUUCCGUGAGAUCGGCUACAUCCUGAAAGACAAGUACAACAAAGCGGUUCACGUGGAAGUGGUCCGAGCCACGCGACUGCGGCAGCCUACAUUCCUCAAGGUGAAGAAGACACACGGAUACCAAAAACCCUUCGAAUCGGAUUUGGUCUACAUAGAGCGCUCGCCAAACUAUUGCGAAGAGGACGCCAAAACUGGCAGCGUAGGGACGCAAGGGCGACUGUGCAACCGAACUUCUCCGCACACGGACGGUUGUGACCUCAUGUGCUGUGGGCGGGGCUACAACACACACCAGUACACGAAGGUGUGGCAAUGCAACUGUAAAUUCCAAUGGUGCUGCUUCGUGAAAUGCAACACGUGUAGCGAGCGAACGGAAGUGUUUACCUGCAAAUGAACGAACGUCGACGAGGUUCAAUGGGACGGGCUAUGUGACACGGACAGAGUGAGCGGGAAAAACCCUUGGAAUGAAAUCGGAAUGGGAAUUUUAAUCUAUCAGCUCUUUGAGGUGUUGUUUUACACAGCAGAAUGUAUAUUUGCUUUAACACAGAGUUAAAAUACUAAACUCUAUUGGUAGAUACAAACCCAGUUUUCGACCAGAGGAACAUGCACUGAUAUAUCCACACCGACUCAAGUGCAAUGAUCGGAAUAGCAUUCUAGCAUACUACUCGUACGAUUUCUGCCGUAUCGACUGCAGAAAUGGCAACAGUUGUGUGCUUGUAUGCUACUCCGAACAUUGCUAAGCUAAAGGACUGCAGGAUAUCAGCCAUGCCCUGGACCCUGGUGCAUUCUGGGAUUAAUUGUUUGUUUGAUUUUUCACGGGAAUCUCUUCUGAGGACUCAAAUGAGGAUUCUUGAGAUUUGGAUAUUUGGAUGGAACUUCUUGGAAAAGCAAAUUAAGCCACAAGAUUUUGUGUCAUCUCAAAAUGCCACGUUUAAGAGCAAGGAACUCCAAAAAAUUGAGUUUUGCUUCAGAAGGAGCUCUGAAAACAGUGCGGACUGCACAUUAAGGAUGUAUAUGCCUCCUAACUGCCAACUGGAACCUGGUAGAGUAUGUUAGUUAUCCAGUCACACUGGAGCUUGUCUGUUUGAACACUGAAAAUAAGUUAUUAUAUAUUAUAUGUUAUAGUCUCCUAAGGAACGGAAGCGCUAACGGGUAGAAAUGAUGUCUUAUUUUGUACUAUUUUGUAGUGUAAAAUAAACAAGAAAAAAAAAACUUGCAAUUGAUGGGCCCAGAUUGUUCUGCAAUGGCUAUUGAUGUGUUAACUUUGACAUACCACUGUAAUUUCUAUGUUAGCAUUGGUUCAUCUUUGCUGUUAUCCAGCCGUAGUUCUCAAUAGAACUUGGGUUAAAAUUGAUAAACAAGUCUUUCCAAUCAAGGAUCCUUCCUCAAUUCAUGAAAUGUGGAACCAAUAUAUUUCUGGAUAUGUUACAGAGUGCUGCACUGAUAUUUUUUCUAUUCAGAUA